GAUGAAGUUUUGGGGGCGUGGUCUAUUAGGACAAAUCAGGAAGAGGGCUCUGAUUGGCUGGAAUAAACUAUCGCCCCGCCCCAUUCAAGUGACGAAUGUGAAAGUAACAACAAAAAGUUGAAAAACAAAAAAUAAAGUAGACGGCGAGAAACAGCCCGGAGGGAACCGGAGGAGCGGGGAGGCCCAGAGGACCAGGCCGGUGUGAGAGCGUCCCUCAGCGGGGAGCGGCAUGAGGCGGCCCGGUCAGGGCGGAUCAUGGCCGCAGUGAUUCGGGAUGGAUCCUGGUGGGGCGUCGCGGCGAAGCAGCCGGUCCGCGGAGACCUGGAGGGGGCACAUCAUCCAGCAGCUGAAGCACCGGGACCGGAUCCAGAGCGCCAUGUUCCAGGACCUGAUCCGGUUCUACACUGAGCUGCUGGAGAAAACCAGUAUGACCAAAAGGCUCCUCAGCAGACCUCCCGCUGAGGGCUGCGCCCGUUCCUCUCUGCAGCAGCUGAAGAAGACGACAGGCGAGCUGGCCUACAAGGUGUUGGAGCUGCAGCAGCAGAUUAAAAUCAAAGAGCAUGUCCUGCAGGAACUACAAACCAGACUGCAGAAGGAGGGCGGUCGGCUAGCAGAGUCGUCCGAAGCUAAACAGGCUCUGAGGGAUGAGGUGGAGCAGGUCAGACAGAAGAACAAGACGCUGAAGGCGGCGUAUGAUGCGCUGCUGCAGCGUCAGAGGGAGGCGGAGUCCAAACUCAGGGAAGAGAAGGAGAAAGAGGAGCGCGUCCUGGAGGACAUGAUGCAUCAGAAGAAGCAGGCCGCCGCCCGCAUGAACCACCGCAACGAACGCCGCUCCAGAGCUCGACAGGCAACCAUGGAGAAGCAGCUGCAGACGGCUGCCAGGUCAAAGGUCAUCGUCGAGAGUUCGUCCAGCGCUCCGACUUCCAGGUCCACGUCUCCAAAGCCGGAGGAUCAGGACAAGUCCGGCGGCCGAGGAGCGACUCGCCUCUUCAGGUCGGCGUCGGCCUCCUCGCCGAGGUUCUUCUCCUCCAUCAGAGAGAUGUUUGACAGGAAGAGAAGGGGUCACUCGGUCCACAGCCUGGAGGAGGAUCUGCUGUUUCCCGUCGGAAUCUGUUUAUCAGCCAGAGUUCCUGUCCGACCGCUGCAAGUCCUGGAAGCCCAUGAGCAAGGCAUCAACGCGGUGCGGUUCAGCUUCGGCUCGGACCUGCUGGCCACCGGCGGGACGGACCGGGUCAUCAAGCUGUGGGACGUCCGGGCAGGCUCGCUGACCCACAGAGCCACGCUGGACGGCAGCACGGAGGGGAUCACCUGCGUGGAGUUCGACCACAUGGGCCGCAGGAUCCUGGCGGCGUCGCACAACAAGUCCGCCCUGCUGUGGCGCCUGGAUGACUCCGCCCCCAAGGUGACUCUGACGGGUCACAGCAGGAAGGUGACAGCGGCCAGGUUCACCUGCGUCCCCCACCAGGUGGUGACAGGAAGCACCGACCGGACUGUCCGGCUCUGGGACCUGAACAGAGCCGCCUGUGUCCAGCAGGGGGAGGUGGCGUCGUUCUGCAGCGACUUGGUCUGUUCUGACAGCAGCAUCAUCAGCGGACAUUUUGACUGCAAGAUCAGAGUCUGGGACAGCAGGACGGUGAGCUGCGUUCAGGAGCUUCCCUCUCAGGGCAGAGUCACCUCUCUGGACCUGAGCUCCGACCGGCGCCAGCUGCUCAGCUGUUGCCGUGACGACUGCCUCCAGCUACUGGACCUGCGCUGGACCAACGACCGGAUGUGCUUUAGAGCCGACGGCUUCAAAUGCGGCGGCGACAGCACCAAGGCGGUCAUCAGCCCAGACGGAUGCUACCUGGCGGCCGGGUCCGCUGACGGAGCCGUUUACAUCUGGAACGUCUCCACCGGGGGCCUGGAGACCCGCCUCCCCGACCGGCACAGCUCGUCCGUCACCGCCGUGUCCUGGUCUCUUUCCGGAGAACACUUCGUCAGCGUGGACAGGAGCCGGCGGGCCGUCCUCUGGAGUGACAUCUGAACCGGCCAAUCAGACGAGACUUCCUGUGGCGACGCAUUUGAACCAGCCAAUCCAGCAGCAGAUCACGGCGUGACGAUGGAUUGGGUCUGAGGAAUGACUCAGGGAAGGUUUACUGGUUUUUAGCCUCGUGUUGAUGAGCGGAAAAAGGGAAGUUUGGACUUUUAAAAUAUUUUCUAACAGACCUUUGCUGCAGUAACAGAUUUAACAAGGGAACGUUGAUUUUUUACUAACUUUCAGCUUUUUAAACAUGAAAACCGUUAAACUUUGAGAUGUAGAACAAACUCCCAGGAUGGAAAAUACCAGCAGGUUUUAUUGACAUUUGAGAGAAUGUGUUGAUUGGUGCUUCGUCAGAAGCCAGGCGGACAUCAGGAGCGUUCACUGGACAGGUGUUCACACCUGACACAGGUAAAACUCACUCAGCUGUUUAAACUUGAAGUCUCUGAAAGUCAGAGAUGUGUGGAAAUCUGGCAGAAGAAUGUUUCGUUUUCUGCAGCACUUUACGGACAGAACAUUCCCAAGAACUAAAAGUUCUCCCAGACUGAACUGGUUCUUUAUGUAAGGGAUAAAAACGGCAGAGCAUCAACCAGCGUCCAGACUUCAGGGUUUCGGAGCAAACAGUCGCAGUUUGUUCUGAUUGGUGCUGAAGAAUCUGAUCAACAGCCAGAGCUGCAGGCGGGUACCAUGUGGUUCUCCUGAGAUCGGACCGGGUUACGACACGGUCAGGACGGACUCACCAGCUGGAGCUGAUGGAUUUCAUCUGACAUGACAGACGACGGGGAGAAAUUUCUGAUUAAUUAUGACCGACAAUUACGGCUCCAAAAACCCGAUAAACAUCGGAUAAGCCCUGUUCACACGGAUCUGUCGUUUUUAGCUGCCAACUGUCGCGUAUUUUUAGCCCAAUUGUCCCAGACUUUGACUGCAGUCUGCAAUUUGUAUUCACAAACACUAGAUGGCGCUGCUCUCCUUAAGUAAGUAGAAAGCAACGAAGCUCUGAGUCUCAGAAUAAGUCCUGCAGUCAGACAGUCACAGUUUCUUUUAUAAAAGAUGAGACUCUAAAUCUAAAUCCGUGGGUUUAAUGUGUGAUGACGAGAUCAAAGCUCCUGACAUGCAGAUGAGAACAAUUUAUCUCAGCUGUUUUAAUCACGUUUAAUUAUAAAUAAGAAAAAUGCGUUUCAGAAAAUGCAGAUUUGUAUUUAAUUAGUUAAUUAGUAGUUAAUUGUUUUUACAUAGUGAAAGCAGCUUGAAGUUACAGUUUUACCGCCUUCUUCACCACUGGAAGACUUAAGGAAAAGAAACAUUGUGUUGAUUAAAUCCGUUUUCAUUUUCAUGACAGAAUUUAUAUCCAUAUAAAUCCUGUUUAUAUGGAUACGACUCCAAUGUUGGGGAAAUAAUAAAUACUGCAGGAUGACGUCAGAAGUAACGGCGCUGACCCGUCUCCCGCGCAUGCGCAUCACAAACAAACAUGGCGCCAUUCGCUGCUGCCAUGUCCUCUGUGGCAGCGCUACAGCGCCACCCAGUGGCCAGGCAGACAUGUUACACCAUUUACGGCGUCCUGUAAGUUCCAUUUUACGGCGUUCGUCUCGUGUUUACUGCGUCUAAAUUCAGCCGAUAAUCUUUAACUUACUGGAAUCCAACAGGAGCCUGCAGCGCCCCCUGCUGCUGGUUUUUAAAAUAUACAAAAUAGCUUUUUCUUUAACAAAAUAAUUUGGAGUUGUGCAGUUGCGGCCUCCUGCCAGCAGAGGGCGCUGCUCCAAAGCUUUCAGCUUCCCCUGGUGGCUGAAAUCGGUUCUGUUGGUUGUUUUACUCUGAAUCGUACCAGAACCUCCGGAUCGGAGCAGAACUGGACCUGGUUUGGGUUUCAUGAAGCUUCCACUCAAAGCUGAUUGGUUCUGCAGGUGCUUGUUCUGGGUUUGGCUCAGAUCUGAAUACCAACCUUGGCUUGGAUCGGGUCGGUUCUACAGAACCAGGUCUCAACUAAGAAGGAGAACUUAAGAGUUAUGAAGUCAACCCAGUUCUGUUCUGGAACCAGUUUCUGUUCGGUUUCAUCAUUUGUGUUUGUUAAACUGGAUCAGAACCGGCUGUGGAGAUCAGAACUGCUUCUUCAUCCGGUCUGGACUCUCAGGUUCUCAGAUUAAACGCCUCAGGUUCUGGUUCUGGUUCUGUCCAGCCUGCUGAUGGUUCUGUUCUUAUGAUGUUUGGUUGAAAAGGGAAGAUGAUAUAAAAUAUUUGUAUUUUUGCUGCUCUGCCUUUUGUUUGGUUCUGUUGGACCUUCUGGGUUUAAAGGGAACAUUUGGAUCAUCUGGUUUUAUCCUUCAUUUAUUUAUACAGCUUAUUAACUGGGACUGUAUGGCAAGCCGUUUUCUACUUAAUGAGUCCUGAAAGUUGAAAGUUUCUCUGAAAUAAACCAAUAAAUCCUGAAUUUAACCCAGA